CUUUUGUUUUUCAUUUUUAAAUACAAUUUUGUCUUUCAACUCUUUUAGUUUUUGUUUACUCGGAACCAAUUUAUGGAUUUUUUGAAACACCAGGAGAUAGUUUAGGAUCACCGAGUGAAUGGCUCAUUUUACCUUCAUUGGUCAAAAAUAAAUUAACCCAUGCAAAUAGCUUGAUUAUUAACGGUAAUGUUGAAGGAAAGGAUCAUCAAGCUAAUAAUAGUGAUUAUGUAAAGACCCCUGAGAAAAUACUCGAUCUUCCUGUACUGGAUCCGUUAAGUUUAUCUUCAAUGUGGCUAUUAACUAAUGAGCCUAGUGAUUUUAUUAAUGCAACUCUUAAUCGGGUUUCUGUUACUGGAUUAAGAACUUUUAAAGUUAAAGAUGUUGCUUCAAAUGAUUUAACUAAAAGUCUUUCAAUUUUGUUACAAUUUCCUGCACUCAAAGUAACAGGUGACUAUGAGAUUACUCACCAUUCUCGUCAACCUUUUUUACCCGCUCAAUCAGCUGGUAGAGUGUCCAAUGAUUCUGGUUCAUUCACGAUAAAAAUACCUAAUUGGUUUACAUCCUGGUUUGCCAAUGUGAUAAAUUACAGUUUAAUCAAUAGUACACUAACUAUUAUCAACCCUUGGUGCAAAAGUUAUCAUGAUACUGUUAUUCCUCAGUUUACUUCAAACUCAACAAGUUAUCAAUGUGAUUCUUUGUGUUACAAAGCUUUCAAUUCAAUUGCCUCAAUGAUUGUUAAUCGGGUUACCAGUGAAAUUGAUUCGCAUCUUUUGAAAUUGAUGAGUUUAUUAAUUAAAGAAGAAAAACCCAUUGAUUGGAUGCAUCAAUACAAUUUGGCUUUGAGCCAUCAUCAUUUUAAUCAAGAUAGGAGGUUGUCAUCAUCUUCAAUUAAUGAUAUCGUUAACCAUAUGGAAGAAGCGCAUAGAAGAUCAAAAAGACAAGUUCCCUGUAAGCCUGGUAAAGAAUUGGACGAAUACGUCGACAGUUUGUUUAGAUUUGCAGCUCGAAUCAUCAGAGUUAUGGAACCUUUUUCAACACCGAAUGCAACAAUUUACCUUCCAGAGUACAACAUCAAAGUAUUCCUAUACGAAGGAGGAGCAACUCGUGCUUAUUCAUUGCAGAGGAGGAAAUCGGCUUGGGUUCAUUGCUCAAAUGAAUCUGUAUCGUUGGGAUUAACGGUUGGCUUUGAAAAUUUGCGAAUCCGUUAUAAAUAUCGAGCAAUCCAUGACUGGAAACUGUUAUGGGAUGGAGAUUUUGAAGCUGAUUUACAAGAUACCAAAAUGCAGGUUCAAUUUACUCAAACAACACCCAAAGGAGAAGAGGAUUCUCAGGUACAACAGAGAGUUGACCGACUUCGCAUCUGGAGACUGGGAAAAGUCAGACUAAUCAUUCGUGGUUUGGGUAACUUGACUCAAGGAGUAGGCCUUUGGUUAUCUCAAUAUCUCAAUGACCCAUACAACCAAAAGCAUUUAAAUCCAACAUUGAGACGCCUUGAAGUGGAAGCCGUUUCCAUGGUUAAUGUCAUGUUAAAGAACUUCACUGUUCCAUUUUUUACAAUUAUCUAGUUUUUGUUUAUUGUUACUAAUUUUUGUUUUGUUUUAAUCAAUUUCCAAUUUUAAAUCUCAUUGCACUCAAUUUCAAAUGGCCAAGAUCAUCAACAUUGUUACCACCAUCAUCAUUUUUAUCCCUCCAAUGAUCCUCAUAAUCAUCAUCAUCUUCAUUCCAGCAGGAAACGAACUUUAUUUCAUCUUCUUUCUCUCUUUCCAUUUAAAUUUGAUUUGUUUUCUUCUUCUUCUUGUUGCAAUUUUUAUUUUAAAACUCAAAUUAAAAUGUAAAUAAAUCAUCUUCUCACAAACUGUAGUUUAAUUUUAAA